GUUGAAAGAAAACGUUUGAAAUUUGAAAAGUGAUAUUAUCGCACUGCCGCUCCAUUGUGUGUGUCUCUCCAUUGCUUCAGGCAACAAACAGGAAUUCAGCGUCACUGCUGCCUACAAUAAGCCACCUACUACUGCACAUUAUGGUGUUUUGGCUUCUCAUAUCAUCGGAAUAGAGUAUUGAUAUGGCUACUGCAACUCUUGACUCAUGUAUGUUGUACCCACUUCACAAUCAACGGUGUCUCUAUGCUCAACAUUUGUACAUAUCCCACGACGUCUCAGUUAGAAAAAACUUCAAGUUAAAAUGCUCCGCACGGAAAAGGUGUGAAUACGUUGACCUCCACAAUGUACUUGUACCUUACAGUGACGCGUGGGCUUUGCAGAAGGCCAUAGUUAAAGAGAAGAGAGCUAUGAUUGAGAGGAACGAAGAGUGCCAUGAUACUCUAAUUAUCUUGCAACACCAUCCUGUUUAUACUCUAGGCACUGGUAGCUCUGAGGAGUUCUUGAAUUUUAAUGUGAAAGACCCACCUCAUGAUGUUAUUAGAACUGAACGUGGUGGUGAAGUUACCUACCAUGGACCUGGACAGCUAGUUAUGUACCCUAUCAUCAAUCUACGAAAUCACAAAAUGGAUCUUCAUUGGUACCUCCGGGCUCUCGAGGAGGUGGUGAUUCGUUCUCUUUUCUCAACCUUUUCUAUCGAGGCUUCUCGGCUUGAGGGCUUUACUGGAGCAUGGGUCGGAAAGCAGAAGCUGGCAGCAAUUGGGAUACGCGUGACCCACUGGAUAGCAUACCAUGGAGUAGCUCUCAAUGUUUCUAUAGACCUGACACCCUUCAAGCAGAUAGUACCUUGUGGAAUACGAGACCGUAAAGUUGGAAGCAUUAAGCAAAUACUUGGGGAAUGCCAGACAUCCCUCCACGGUUCAAGCAUAGAUCAGUUUAGUGCUGAUGAUUCUCUACUAAUAGACAUUGCUCAAAAAUCACUGAUUCGGGAGUUUUCUGAAGUUUUUCAACUUAAUCUGGAGCAAGUAUCCCCAGCAACAUCACAUCUUCAGAAAUACAUUAAAGCUUUGUAAUUCUAUGGUUUCCAAUGGGUGGAAAUUGGUAUGACAGAAAGAUUGUCCUAGUAUGACCUCAGAGGUCAGAGUUUCAGUUUCAGAAAUACAUUAAAGCUUUGUAAUUUGUGCAGUAGAGGUCUGAGUAGAUUCAGUACAUGUGAUCUUGGCAUUCAGAUUUAAGCAGUCAAAACCCUGCUGUAGAUUGGUGUAGGAUAGAUGAUCGCGUGUAAAAAACACGAGUCUUUUUGUGUGUUGUAAAUAAUAACUGUUGGAAAUUUUGAUAUUUACACAUUUGUUUGUGUUAAUAUUUUCUAUCGGCAAGUGCAUUGUAAUACCAUUUCAAAAAUAAUUAAGUGUUAGGUCAUGUCGAUCUCUCUUUUAAUCAUUUUUGUAAUCUUCCUUUCAGGGCAAUAUUCUUGUAUAUAUAUAAAAAAAUCCAUAUUGUAAAUGGAAAUUUGAUUUAA